AAGUCAUGAGCACAAACACGAGAAGAAGACACAGUCCUCAAGGGCAGAACAACACUGCAGGGAAAAGACAUGGCAAUGGCUAUACUCAAGCACAACACAGUGUUUUACCUGGUGGGAGAGCAGAUGGAGUAGACCAGCCAUUUCCAAGCAAGCCUGUUAGCCACAGAAGACCUCCCAACCCUGCAAAACAAGAUGAAAAAAUCACUAUUCCAAAACAAGCAAGAAGGACUUUGUCGCCCAAAGAACCUGAUUCACAUGGCGUCAGAAAGACCACUGGAUCCCGACAUCCAAGAAAAGACUCACACAGACAGCCCAGUGGAGAAGUGCAGAUGGCCAAAGCAAUUCAUGCAAAAGAGCUCGUGCUACAGGAAAAGCUGUGGAGUGUUGAGGAAAAAAUAAGACAAAUAAUCCAGAAAGAAACUGCUGCAGGUAAUGAAAAAGGAAGUGAAGAGCAGAGGCACAACAGAGGACAAGCUCAGACAAAAACCAGGCUGUCUGAGCAGCAGAGGAGAGAACCAGAGAGAAGACGCGAAAUGAUAAUGCAAGAAAGAAGACAGGAGGAUGAAAGGACCAGGGGGGAAAGAAGUGAUAUAAAAGAUCCCAAAGGAAUUCAUCAGAUCACAGUUCACAAGCAAGAUACGAAUGGAAAGCUCAACAAGUCGAGGUGGGAAAAUGUGAAAGAGCAAACCAGAGGAAGAAAAGGAGGGGAUGAAAAAGAUGAUGGCAUUUACGGUGACACAGGUGUGAAGUUACAGGAUGGAACAGAGAAAGCAAAAGAGAGAGACCAAAAUAUAACCUCUCUACAACAACCUACAGGCAACCACAGACCAGAGCAGGGGCAGCUCAGACAGAAAGACAGCACAGACGCCAGCCUCCAGCUCCUACCGUGCACAAUCUGCAACAGAAAGUUUAUGAAAGAAAGAUUACAGAAGCAUGUCCAAAUCUGUCAAAAGGUUAAGAAAUCAAAACGUCAAGUCUUCAACUCCUCCCUUCAUAGGACCAAGGGAUCAGCCAUAGAGGAGUUCUGGAAAACGCACACCAGACCUGAGAGUCCUGAGGCUUUAAAGAAAAAGGACCAAAGACAGAAGCAGAAGUCACAUACAAGGAACCUGCAUGAGGGUCGACUUCCAGCUGGAACCUCACAACCAAAACGGUCCAAAUGAGCCGACCAGAACUGACCCAGACACUUUGGACCGUUUGAACAAAAAAUAUCAGUCAACCAUUACCCUCUUAUUAAGCACUAGUCUCUAAAUUAUUUGAUUGAAUCCCUUAUGUAUGUUUUCCUUACAGAUCUCCUCUGAGUUGUCUGGAAUAUUUUCCCUUUGAACUAACCUUUCUAAUACAGUUUUGGCUCAUUACAAGAAUACCUUAUGCUUAUAGCUGCAGCAUACUUGUACUUUAGUUAAGUAUUUCAAUUUUAUGUAACUUCAUAUUUGUACUCUAUUACAUUUUGAGGCAAAUAUUUGGAACUUUUUACUCCACUACAUUUAGCUGCCAGCUUUAGUUACUUUUCAUGUCGAGAUUUAACAUAAAAGGCAUGAAUUUAAAGUGAUUAGACAUUUUUUAAUUAAACCUCAUAACAGUAUAUUAUGUAGUUAAAUGAGUCAUAUACCUUUACAAAAUUAAAACACUGCUUACAUAAAAGGAUAAAUAAUAUUAAUAAUAAUCUAAUAUAUUUAGAAUAUAUAUAACAAUAUGAGUGGGGGCAUUCUGCAUAACCAGUAGGCUACUUUUACUUUUGAUACUUACUUUUUGUAUUUUUAUUCAAGUACAUUUUGAA